AGAAGAGCUCAAGAUGGCAUAUAAGCUUAUAUGCUUUUCCUUACUUGUCCUAAUUUCUUCUCUAUUUUCUGCUUCCAGCAGGUGCUUCUGCUUCGCAAGUGAAGAAAACCCUAGUUCAUUAGUGCUAGGUCUGAGAAGUUCCCAAACCGACCUUCCAGCUCGGAAAGCUUUGCCUUAUCGGAGAAGAAAGACCUUGGAAAUGCAAGCCAUGGUGGAGCCUCUGAGAGAAGCUCGAGAUGGCUACCUCCUGUCUCUCAACAUAGGAACCCCCUCCCAAGUCAUUCAAGUGUAUUUAGACACCGGUAGCGACCUCACAUGGGUUCCAUGUGGGAACUUGUCAUUUGAUUGCAUGGACUGUGAUGAUUAUAGGAACUACAAGCCGAAUGCCGCGUUCUCUCCAACUUAUUCCUCUUCAACACUUAGAGACUCUUGCUUUAGCCGUUUCUGCAUCGAUGUUCAUAGCUCCGAUAACCCAUACGACCCGUGCGUCAUAGCCGGGUGCUCGUUAUCGACUAUCCUCAAGGGCACAUGUGUUUGGCCAUGCCCUUCCUUUGCCUACACCUAUGGUGCAGGCGGGAUUGUCGCCGGGACAUUGACUAGGGAUACUCUUAGAGUUCACGGCACAAACCCUAAUGUUAUGAGGGAAGUUCCAGAAUUUGCAUUUGGGUGUGUCGGAUCGACCUACCAUGAGCCGAUAGGGCUUGCAGGAUUCGGGAGGGGGUCUCUUUCUCUUCCUUCUCAAUUGGGGUUCCUCCAAAAGGGCUUUUCCCAUUGCUUCUUGGCGUUCAAGUAUGCAAACAACCCUAACAUCUCAAGCCCUCUAGUCGUCGGAGAUGUGGCCAUAGCGCCAAGGGGAGACUUGCAGUUCACCCCGAUGUUAAAAAGUCCGAUGUACCCAAAUUACUACUACAUCGGUCUCGAGGGCAUCGCAGUGGGGAAUGCCAGCGUGACCACGGUGCCUAAUAAUCUGCGAGAGUUCGACUCUCAAGGGAAUGGCUGUCUAUUGAUAGACUCAGGAACCACGUACACCCACCUGCCGGAACCGUUCUACACGCAGCUCCUCUCCAUCCUUGAGUCAGCAAUAAGUUACCCAAGAGCCAAGGAAGCAGAGGCACGAAGCGGGUUCAAUCUCUGCUACAAAGUUCCAUGUCCCAACAACACUAACCCGAUGAAUGAUGACCUUCCUCCAAUCACAUUCCAUUUCUUGAACAACGUGAGCUUGGUGCUUCCCCAUGGGAAUAGCUUCUACGCAAUGGCAGCUCCGAUUGACUCGAGCGUGGUCAAGUGCUUGCUAUUCCAGCGCAUGGAUGACGGCGAUGGACCAGCUGGGGUUUUCGGGAGCUUCCAACAGCAAAAUGUGGAGGUCGUGUAUGACCUGGAGAAUGGAAGGGUUGGGUUUCAGCCAAUGGAUUGUGCAUUGUCUGCUUCUGCAAAAGGACUAUUUCACAAAGGCUAAAACAAACUCUCUCUCUGCGCUUGAUUAAUUAAUGGCAGUUCUUGCCGUUGGCUAGGUGUGGGGCUCUUUCCUUUGCUUGAUCACAAGGAUCAAGAAUUCAAUAAAAGGUUGCAAAGUGUCUUUUGUUUCAAUUUCGUUCUGUUGAACUUUGAUUGUAUGUGAGUUUGUGUGGCUUUAAUUAAGUUAAUCAAGAAGAAUGAGCUGGAUAUAUUCUGGCUGCUUGUGUGCCCAGGAACAUGUUGAGGUGGAA